AUGUCCCCUGCUGGCGAGACAGGCACAUCGGCUACUCCGCCACGCGCCAAUGCAUCAAAUCAAGGUGGUAGUGAACUAGAGUCCACCCCAAACAGCCGUGGGGCUUCCGUCGUCAGCGAGAACAUCAGCUUGGUCGGUGUCCAGGUUAACGAGGUUCGGCCAUGGAUUCGGCGGGACAUCGAGCAGGCCAAGCAGUGCAAGGCAGAUGCCAUGCUGCAAGCCCUCCUACAGCACGCGUCUUGCGCCCCAGAGACGAAACAGCCCGAGCUCCUGCAAAAGUGCCAGAAGGGAGUUCUGCCGGUUUGCAAUGGACAGGUCUCGAAUGGGAUGGUAGCCAUUUUUGGGGGAGAGGCUGGUCGCACUAGCGAGCCAAAAAUCCUGGACAAGGUUGAGGAGAUCGCUAAGGUGCACCCGACUGUCGAAGGGCAUAUCACUGAGCUGCUCUGGCAUCAUGCGCUCACGAAUCCCACAUCCGCCAUUCGAGAAGCCCUCGGCGUUCCGGAACCCAGCAUGGGCAGUCGCAUGCUCUACAUUCUUGUAUUCCGCAAGCUCUACCCAAUCACGAAGCUUCACGGCAAGGAUCUUUUCGACGUCUGGCAUCAGUGUAUCUUAUGCCACCUCACUUUGUGGAAGCAAGGUGUUUAUCAUCGAGAUGUCAGCCCUGGAAACUUGAUGUGGUACAGGAAAAGCGGUAGACUGAUCGGUGUCUUAAACGACUACGAUCUAUCCUCGUUGGCGAAUGCGGUGGGUCCUCAGGGAAACGAGCGUACGGGCACGGUACCGUUCAUGGCCCUCGACCUUCUCACCAAAAAUGGUCAACAAGGCAAAGUGAAACACCUAUAUCGCCACGAUCUAGAAUCGUUUAUGUGGGUUUUCGCCUGGAUUUUUUUGCGUUACAGGCAGGGAGUCCUUCUACUACCGAAGUUGCGCCCUCUCGACGAGUGGGCGAUUUUAGGCGCUAUUGCGUGUCGCAAGGAGAAGUUAGACUUCCUGACGGAUUUUAUCGGUUAUCUACCCCCGGACCUCGAAACUUCUGGAUCGGACAUAGAUUUGUCUUUAUGGACUCUCAUUGAGGAAUGUUUUCGGGUGCUCCUGGCACUUACCUCCAAUCGCAUCAACCGUAUUCUCCUUGUUCAGCGGAGAUCGAGGCAAGGAGCAUACGGGCAGAUAACUGCCGAGGAAACAGUAUCGGAUAUGGAUGAUUUACUAGGUAAAUUCACAGGUACCGAGGCGUGGGUUGAGCUCGGCAACACCUUAUCUUUAUAG